GGUGAGUGUCUUCUGAAUUGAUUCAAAUUUUAAUUUGAUUUAAUUAGAAGAAAAAACUGAUUAAUAGAAUAAAUAAAUAACUAAAUGAAUAAAUAAAUAUAUAAAUGCUUUAAUUAAUUAAAUACUGAGAAAUUUUUUUGGAGUAUAGCAAUUAGCAAGAGAUCUAAGAAACUUUGAUGUUAAGUAAAUAUGUUUUUGAAAAAUGCUUUAUAUCGAAAGACAGACAACUAUGUUCCAACGUCUGAUCGUCGUGUGUUUUUUUCUGGUUCUAAAUAGGGCAAGUGCCGCGUGCCCUCCUUGCCCACCUCUUCCUAAACCAUGCCAAAGUCUUGUGGUCCUAAAAAGUACCGAUGAUCCAAGGUGCUUUUGUCAGACUUGUUCUAGUAGAUGCUACGAUCGGUAUAACCAAUGUCCGGCUGGUCAACAGUGCGUGGUAGAGCAAAUGUCUUGCCCAGGGUUUAAUUGUGUGGGAAUUAUGAGUGCAACUUGCGUCCCUUGGUCGGGCUCCUGUGUGCCAAUAUCUUGCAGAUGUCCAAUAAGUGGCUUCCUGAAGGAUCCUAACAAUUGCAACACCUGCACCUGCAAUGACCCCUGCGCCGAGCUCGCCUGUCCAAACGGUUGCCGACAACAACCAAUGAUAACUCCAGAAAGUGAGCUUAGAUACACGUGCAAAUAAACUCACACGCACACACGCUCACACACACAUUUAUACACAUUCACACACACACACGCACACACACACACGCACACACACACGUGUUUCUUAAAAACAAUUCUUCUUGGCUAAGUAUUAAUUGUACAAUGAUUUAUUUUACGAAUUAUCACCUUUUUCAUAUUAUUGAUCGAUAUAAGUAAAUAAAUAAAUGUAAUAUA